AGAAUUAAAGAAAAAGCAAUACAUAAUGAGCUCCGUAACACAGCUAUUCAAGAACAACCCCGUGAACCGUGACCGCAUCAUCCCACUAGACUUCACCAACACCAAAACCCUACCCGACUCUCACGUCUGGUCCGAACCCGAACCCGUACUCGAACCCGAACCAACGAUCCGACCCAUUCCCAUCAUCAGCUUGUCCAACCCGGAGCAGGUGCUACUACGACACGCCUGUGAGGAAUGGGGUGUGUUUCACAUCACAGACCAUGGAAUCCCACACUCGUUACUCCAAAACGUUGGGUGCCAAAUGAAGAAGCUUUUCUCUUUGCCCAUGCAUCGUAAGAUCCUAGCCAUCCGAUCACCAGACGAGUCCACUGGUUACGGUGUGGCUCGGAUCUCCAUGUUCUAUGAUAAGCUCAUGUGGUCUGAAGGAUUCUCCGUUAUGGGUUCCUCUCUUCAACGCCACGCUAAAAUCCUAUGGCCCGACCCCGACGAUCAUACCGACUUCUGCAAUGUGAUGGAAGAGUAUCAGAAGGAAAUGGGUGAUCUAAGUCACAGACUAGUAAGCAUGGUGAUGGGUACGAUAGGACUAACACAUGAAGAAUUGAGAUGGCUGGAACCGGACAUAGCCGGUACAAGAACCGACUCGAUCCAAUCUUUUCUGCAGUUGAACUCCUAUCCGGUCUGCUCUGACCCUCAUCUAGCCAUGGGCUUAGCCCCUCACACAGACUCCUCCCUACUAACCAUCCUCUAUCAAGGCAACAUUUCAGGUCUAGAGAUUCAAAAUCCACAAGAAGAAGAGUCGAGAUGGAUUGGAGUGGAUCCAAUAGAAGAUGGUCUUGUUGUUAUAAUGGGAGAUUUGUCUCAUAUCAUAUCCAAUGGACGGUUCAAAAGUACGAUGCACCGCGUGGUGGUGAACAAGACGCACCACCGUGUCACAGCCGCAUAUUUCUCUGGUCCACCCAAGAACCUUCAGAUUGGUCCGUUGAUCAACGACAAGGAUCAUCCUCCUAUCUAUCGGCGUUUGAUAUGGGAAGAGUACCUUGCAGCCAAAGCAACACAUUUUAACAAAGCCUUGACUUUGUUCCGUUGCUGAAAUAGAAAAUAAAAAUUAUC